AUGCCUAUUGAUUACUCAAAGUGGGACAAAAUAGAGUUGUCCGAUGAUUCCGACAUUGAGGUACAUCCCAAUGUCGACAAACAGUCGUUCAUCAAAUGGAAGCAAAGAGAUAUCCACGAGAAGCGUCAUGAACGUAACAUCCAGAUCAAGACCAUGUUGGUGCAGUUGACCAUGUAUACGAAAUUGAAUGCACGCGUCGACUACUUGUUGAAGACACUUAGUGCUUCAGAACUUCUCGACGUGACGAAAGUGAUGAGCGUGCUCAACGCACAUUUUGACAAGAAUGAAAGGUUUGACUUUGACAAAUUGAAGGAAGAGAAGGGCAGUGAAUUAAGAAAAGGUUUGCGUGAUUUGACCUUCGACAAGGAGGAGAUUGCAAACACCCCAACAUACAAUGAGAUGAUCGAAGACUUGUUCUCCCAGAUUAAAGAAGAUCACCCAGAGGUCAUGAUUAAUGGUGAGAAGUUGAUUGAGCACCUUCGCGAGCACAGACGCAAGAUCGAUGAUGUGUUACUGAAGCAGACCAUUUCGCUCGACAACUUGCUAUACGAGAAGUCUUUGUUAAUUAGUAGUGACGACUACCAUACUGGUUUUGACCGUUCGUUCUUAAACAAGGAUGAAGACAAGGAGAAGCCCGCAGAGACACCAAAGGCGAAAGCAAAGGAAAGUGUCACAACUGUUGAAACCAUUAAUUCUCCUCAAAAGUCUAAGAAAGUUGAAAAAACUGAUCAAGAGCUUUAUGAUGAGUUGGAGGUUUUACCCGCCACCGCAGAAUUUGCAAGGAUACCCUACAAGGACCUUCGUAAGAGUGCUGAAUUUUUGGUGAGGCACCCUUCCAUCUGUACUGAGAACCAAAAGGACUCUUUAAUUAUGACUGCAUUCGAUUUUGAGCUCCAGGGAGAUACUGCCGGUGCCAGACAAGUGAUCUACCAGUCGUUAUUGUUGCAAUACAUAUCUCAGUUGAGUGGUCCAGGCUCCUCGAAUGACCUGAAGAUCCGUGCCAUAAAGCUCUUCUUUUCUAAAUUGGAAGACACCAGAGCUCCUGCUAGUCAGGCAUUCUUGGCUGACGUGGAAAACACUGUCAACCACAUCAAGAAUAGAUGUGCCAUUCUUAAGCAAGAAAACGAACAGAAUGAUGAGGGUGAAGAGCAGUUGAUCCAAUUGAAAUCAUUGGAUGAGAGUACUGAACUUGUGGUCAAUCCACCUGAGGAAGGCACAGAGCAAUACGUUUCUUUCCUGACCAAACUUUCGCCUGAAAUGCAAACUGCUAUCAGAUCCGGCUCUUUAGAAGAAGUGAAUAAGAUUUUUGCUACCAUGAAGAUUGAUGAUGCAGAGAAAGCUUUAGAGGUAUUUAAUGAGUGUGGUGUAAUUGGGAUUAGUGGUGUUUUGGAGAAUGAACAAGAGUUUGAGCAAUUGAAGCAUGACUACGAAGAGAAAAAUUUGAAAGAGGAAGGGCUUAAUACUGUUGAUACUGUUGAUACUGUUGAUUAG